AUGAGCAUUCUCGUUGGCUUUUCAGUUUUGCAUUUUCUUCAGAAGGACCUUGAUGCUUUUGUUGUGCAAGAUGUGGAUGGCGUCGAUGCUAUGAGAAUUAUUUACCAGGGCGGCUUUGCAAAGUCACCGUGGUACAGUGUUUUUGAUAACUACGGGGUGCCUUGCAUGUUUUCGACACUUGAAUCCAAGGCACAUUCAAAAAGAAAGCGAAUGAUCUCGAAUGUUUACUCCAAAUCGUUAGUCAUGUCUUCAGAGGCUGCCAAGGCUCAAAGUCAUGUCAUUAUGUUCAACCGACUCUUACCGCUCUUGAAAGACGAAGCCGCCAAGAGUCAAGGCGGCACUGAAGUACAGUCGCUUUUCAUGGCUACGACGAUGGAUUUGAUAUCGGCACUUAUCGGGAUGAGUGGCUGGACCUUUACCUAUCGCGCCACCAUCAUCACUUCUGGCCCCAGGAGCUGCCCUUCGUCACAGGGGUGCUCAAACGAAUUGGAGUGCGCCUCUAUCCUGCAUUUGUCGACGAUGCCAAUGACGAACUGCGCUCCUGGAACAAAUAUCGUCGUUUUCAAUGCGAUGCAGCAAGGCAUCCGCAAGGAGGAGAAGGUUGAAGGCCACAGGUCCAUUCUAUACGAAACGACCAUACAACAGCGAGAUGCUUCCAUUGCCAGCGAAAUACUGGACCAGGUUCUUGCGGGUCACGAAACGGCCGGCAUCGUGUUAACAUAUGCGUCCUGGCACUUGUCAAAGUCGCCUGGUCUGCAGGCGCAACUACGAGAAGAGUUAUUGCCCUUGAUCCCCUGUGGCGAAGAUAUCUUGCCCGACGCAAGAAAGCUCGAUGGGCUCCCCCUUUUGAAUGCCAUUGUAAUGGAGACAUUGCGACUACACGCUCCGAUACCCGGCCCACAGCCACGCCAGACGCCAUAUCCGGGUUCGCACAUCGAGGGGCACUUUAUCCCCGGUGGUGUACGCAUUGCCUCAUUGGCUCACACGCUGCACUUGAAUGAAGCAGUUUUUAGCAAAGCCGCUAUUUGGAACCCGAAUAGGUGGCUCGAGAGUAGCGACCAAGACACGAUGAAGCGCCACUUCUGGGCCUUUGGUAGCGGAGGGAGAAUGUGCAUCGGGUCCAACUUUGCACUCCAAGAAAUGAAAACUGUAAUUUCUAUCAUAUAUGUCAACUUUACCACGACAAUCAUGGAUGACAGUGGCAUCGAGCAGACGGAUGGCUAUUCUGCGCGGCCAAAAGCCGACCGGCUGUUUCUCCGUUUUCGCCGAGUAUCAGAUACAAUUUAG